CAAAGUAUAUCCGUGUACUAUUAAAUGUCUGACGACUUUUUUGCUGAUGAUGUAAUUGAGCAAGGUGAAGAAACUCAGGAAGUUGAGGAUCCUUUUGCCGAUGCUCCUGCCGAGCAGUCCGUUUCUGCUGAAGAUCCUUUUGCUGCACCUGCUGCCAGUAGUCCCAGCCCCAUGGCACCUGCUGAAGACGAGUUCAAAUUCACUCGUGAGUGGAAUAUGAAAUUCAGAGAGAGAUGUGAAGAAAAAGACAAGGAGGCGUUAGAAAAGAAGCAGGAAAUCCUCAAAGAAGCGAGGGAAGAGAUCCAAUCCUGGUCCGACGAGAGAAAGAGUAAGCUCACCAAGAGAGCGGAGAUGAAUCGGGAGGAAGAAGCGAAGCUGAAGGAGAGUCUGGAGGAGGAUACGGAGUCUGCUAAUCCUUGGGAGCGUGUGAAUAAAAUGGUUGAUAUGAAUGGCGAUGAGCGUGACCUGGCGAGAAUGAAGCAAGUAAUGAUUCGCAUGAAAAACGAUACCGCUAAGAAUUGAUGUGAUAUUAAGAAUUGGCUAC